CAGGGUGUGCCAGCCCGGCCCUGCACCGCGGAGGAGGCGGUGGUGCCGUCACCUGUGGCCCCGGUUCUGCCUGCGCUCGACCUCGCCGCCAUGGAGAGACCCCAGGACCCCCUGAGUGGGACGCACCGGCUCUGCUUCUCGCCUGCUGCCCGGACCAGCCUCUUACUGCUCAGGCUCAACGACGCGGCGCUGAGGGCGCUGCAAGACUGUCAGCGGCAACAGGUACAACCAAUGAUCGCUUUCCAGGGCCACCGAGGGUACCUGAGGCUCCCGGGCCCGGGCUGGUCCUGCCUCUUCUCCUUCGUAGUGUCGCAAUGUGGCCAGGAGGGCGCUGGUGGUGGCUUGGACCUCGUGUGCCAACGCUUGGGCAGAUCUGGGCCCAACCGCCUCUACUGCCUGGGCCCUCUUAGGGAGCGCCUCACUAUUUGGGCAGCCAUGGAUUCCAUUCCAGCUCCAUCCCUAGUGCAGGGACCUGACCUGACUGGAGAUGCCAGAGAUUCUGAGAGUUGGCAGAACCCAGGAGAGAAUUCUGAAGGAGAUGCAGCCUCACAGCCACAGAUGGCACUGGAAGAGGUGCCAGAUCCCCUGGCAAGCAACCAAGGACAGUCACUCCCAGGAUCCUCGAGGGAGCACAUGGCACAGUGGGAAGCGAGAUAUCCUAGGAACCAGACUCAUCUUCCAAACAGAGAGGCGGAACAGGCACUGCCUUCCUCCACUAGUCGGAAACGUCUGAACAAGAAACGCCCAGCACCUGCAGCCUCUGCUGAACUAGAAGAAAAGAGACUCCGAACUCUGCCUCUAGCUCCGAGUCCCCUGCAAGAGUUGACCAAUCAGGACUUACAAGAGGGGGAAGAGUGGGAGCAAGAAGAUAAAGAUGGGGACAUGAACCCCAGCCUAGAGCACAGUUCCUCAGUUCAAGCAGACUCUGAAUCCCCCAGUCCUGAAGAGGUACCAGAUUACUUCCUGCAAUACAGAGCCAUCCACAGUGUAGAGCAGCAACACGCUUAUGAGCAGGACUUUGAGACGGAUUAUGCUGAAUACCGCAUCCUACAUGCCCGCAUUGGGGCUGCCAGCCAAAGGUUCACAGAGCUGGGAACAGAAAUCAAGCGAGUUCAGCGAGGAACUCCAGAACACAAGGUGCUGGAAGACAAGAUAGUCCAGGAAUAUAAAAAGUUCAGGAAGCGGUACCCAGGUUACAGGGAUGAAAAGCGUCGCUGUGAGUACCUGCAUCAGAAAUUGUCCCACAUUAAAGGUCUCAUCCUGGAGUUUGAGGAAAAGAACAGGGAGAGCUGAAGCUGUCAGGAGAGCCCUAGACCUUCUGUCCAGUGCGAUAUGAAGGAAUGAAGCAGCUAUAAACUAACUAGAGUGUGACAAUCUGAUUUUUGUAUGCUGGCCAGCUGAGGUCGCGGUGGCUAGUCGGGAGCUGCUCUAGGUUCUUGAGGUUUGAUUUUCAUUAUUGUCUUAUUUUAACUUUUAGGGCUUAGGCACAGAGCCAAGACUUCACAACUGUGUCCAGGAGGCUAGGGAGAGUCUAGCAGAAGCUUGACUCCUUUACCUUUAGUUCGGUCAAGUCAUUUUUUUGAUCCUGAGACAUGACCUAAUUUCCAGGACAAUAUAACUUGUGGACAUUAGACAAACCAAGUAAAUAAAUGUAGCCACUGGUAGCUUCCCUACGGAAACAGUGAGGACUUUUGAUCACUGAACUAAAGCAUGUGUAGCAUCCCUUGGUAUGAUGAGAAAGGGCUCGAACGUCACCUGUGUACUGAUUGUGAAUUCUUUUACAAACAUGGCUAAAAAUUAAAAACCGACUGUUUGUGUCUUUUGUA